UGUUAAAUCAGUGGUAAUGUGGUAGAAUUGAGUCCUAUCACAGUAGUGCAUGAGUGAGCAAAACAGCUCUGUGCAGAAGAAGCGCAUUUUCUGAAGGAGGAGCAAGGAAAGUGUCUGAAGUGAUCCAUAGUAAACACAGAAAAUUCUCCAUCUGGUAACUAAGGAUUAAGUGACUAAAUUGCAAAUGUGAAUUCAGUGGUCCUAAUCCUCCUUGGAGAAGGGUUUUGGUAAUACUGAGUCACAGGCAUCCAUAAAGCCUGUUGCUCUCGUGGUUCGUAUAAAAUUAUACAUGCGAUGGCACUUGUCAGACCUGUUUCCCUUCCAGAUGUUUUCCAGGUAGUUUGAAAGACAUAUGGAUAGAUACCACUAUGAAUGUGUUAUUGACAGAGGUCUGCAACACCGAUGGUUCAUGAACAAUUUUUGCUCACAGGGCCCUCUACAUUUUCUGUGUCUGAGACAUUUUCUGUGUCAUUUUCUGCAGCUGUGGUGUGAAGGAAAAUGGCUCCAAAAGGCCUUGUGAAUCAUGUGAACCUAAAAAAGCUACCUGUGCUCCUAGCACCAGUGACAAUAUAAUUGAAGUGAACCGGAUUUGGGAACCACGUGCUAGGUUUACAAGCUUCUUAAUUGGCUGGGUAACAGCGUUCGUUCUGUUUUGCAAUAAUGAUGCUAUCUCAGCGUGAAAGUACUUGUGAAGCAAGUCACCUCAGAUCUACUUGCUGUGAAUUCUUGUAGAAGAUUAAUAGCUCUACCAUCAUUUGUCCACUGUAGAAGAUGGGUGGAUUAAUUUCGAGAUGGAGGCAGGCAAAGCCUUCUACUGUAGAAGUAUUAGAAAAAAUUGAUAAGGAAAUACAGACAUUAGAAGAAUUUAGAGAAAAAAAUCAGAGACUACAGAAACUAUGGGUUGGAAGGCUGCUCUUCUACUCUUCACUUCUUUAUCUUGCCACCUGCUUAAUUGUGUAUUUGUGGUGUCUUCCUGAUGAAUGGACAGCAAGGUUUUUUAUGACGCUUCCAUUUUUUGCAUUUCCACUGAUAAUCUGGUUUAUAAGAACACUGCUCAUUUUUUUCUUUUCCAAAAGGACAGAAAGGAAUAAUGAUGCGCUGGACGAUUUAAAAUCUCAAAAGAAAAAAAUUCUUGAGGAAGUGAUGGAGAAGGAAACAUACAAGACUGCUAAACUAAUUCUUGAAAGGUUUGAUCCAGAAUCAAAUGCAAAGGAGGCUGAACUGCCAUCUGCUGGAACAUCUGCAACCUCAAGACCUGGACAAGAAAUUCGUCAGAGGACUGCAGCUCAAAGAAAUGCUUCUACACCCACACCUGCUACUCCUAAGCAAGGCUCUCCAAAAUCACUUGUUUUGGCAACACCAUCUCCUAAUCAGCAGAGGGAUGCAUCUGCUCUUACUGGACAACCAGAAAGAACUGCUGUGCCACCCUUGCAGUCAAACAUUCUACCAAGACGCCCUGGAUCCCCAGCUACUUCAGUGCCUGGAAUGGGUCUUCAUCCUCCAGGCCCUCCUUUAGCAAGACCUAUUCUUCCUCGAGAGAGAGGAGUUAUGGAUAGAGUUAUUGAAUAUUUGGUUGGUGAUGGUCCUCAGAACAGGUAUGCCCUUAUAUGUCAGCAGUGUUGUUCUCACAAUGGUAUGGCUCUGAAGGAGGAGUUUGAAUAUAUAGCAUUUAGGUGUGCCUACUGCUUUUUCCUGAAUCCUGCAAGAAAAACGAGACCUCGGGCUCCACGGCUACCAGACUUCAAUUUUGAAAAAAAGCAACUUCCAGAAUUGCAGUCGGAAACAGAGCGUCCAGAAUCAAGAGAGAGAGAACCGCAGGGGAAUCGGCAGACAGCAGAAUCUGAAGAAGUGGCUCAGCUCACUGAGUCAAAUGAGACGGAUGAGAAAGCACCAAGUGCUGAGCAGUUGAAUGAUAGUCUUGUUGAAGAAACUGAAAAAGAAGCAGCAGAAAAUGCUUCAACAACUGAAGACUCUGUUUCAGAUUCUGCUAUUUCAACUGAACAAAGUGAGGAAUCCUUAAUGAAAGCAGAAUAAAGUACUUCAAGUGCCUUCUGUAGCUAGUUUUUAGCUUUGUUCAUGCCUGUUGUUACUAUUCAGGUGAGCUUUUUUAAAUGGUACAACUUAAAAAUCUCGCUUGAGCUUGAAACUGCCUCAACUGCCACUGUACGUCAAAGCUUUGUGUAAAAGUGGAUAUUGUAAAUUAAGCAUGUCUUUAAGUUAACUCACAGAAUGUAUAGUUGGUUGAAGUCUAACAGUCAUAGACGUAGUUCACUAUGCAUAUUUGAAAAACUGAACUUUUAAGUUUUAUUAAAGGUGACCCAUAACUUGGCAUCUCUUUAGCCGUUAACGAACAACUACUGGCCCACAGCUGAUUUGGUCUAGUGAAUUUAGUCUGGUGAACUUAGAUACCUUUUAAUGUUUCCCUACUGAAGUAAAUUGAGUACAUCUUAAAUACAGAUGUUUACAAAUUGAAGUGUCAUCGGACAUUUGACUUAAGUAUAUGGAAAGUGUCAUUACAGUAGUGUUGAUGUUAUUCACAGUUUAACUUUUUGAUAGAAUUCAAUUAAAUGACACUCAAAAAUUGUAUCUCCUUUGGUAUUUGCAUUGCAGAUGAACCAGAGGCGCAUACAUACAGUUCUGUUUUGUGUUUACAUAAAAUAUAGAAAGUCUCUGCACUUGAUUGUACUUGAAUACGAAGCACUAUUUAUACCUGUAAAAUAAUGACAAGAUAUAAGUGAAUCUUGUGCCUUUGUGUAUUUUGUUAAAGGAAAAUAAAGAUGUCUAGCAGCAAA